AUGGCUUCAUGCUUCUCUCUGCUGUUUGUUUUGUGCCUGGUGUUCAGACCGGGCUGCACUGUGAGCUCACCUGAAUGGUUUCAGAACAUUUCUACAAACCUCUUCAGUUUAUCUGGAGAUAUUAACCUUGGAGGGCUUUUUCCAAUUAACCAGCAGUCCAACAACCUCAGUCCCAUACUGGAACCCAACAGCAUCAAAUGUGAAAGUAUGAAUGAAAUCGGACUGGGCCUUGCUUUGGUCAUGAAAUAUGCCGUGGAUGAGAUCAACAUAAACAAGACUCUGCUUCCUGGCAUCAAGUUAGGUUAUAAAAUCUAUGACACAUGCAAGCAAUCUUCUGUUGUUGUCAAGCCCACUAUUUCCUUCCUCACUGAAAAGACAAGCAACGCUCUUCUGGUGGAAUGUAAUUACACCGACUAUGAGACGAGCAUUUCAGCAGUCAUCGGUCCGUAUACCUCAGAAAUGGUUUCAGUCAUCGGAAAGCUGCUGGGAUUUUUUCUAAUGCCACAGAUCAGUUACGGUGCCACCAGUGACAAAUUCAGUGACAAUCUCCUCUACCCAUCGUUCUUCCGUACAGUACCCAGUGACAAAUGGCAAGUGGAUGCCAUGGGACUUCUAAUGGGGAAGUUUGGUUGGAACUGGGUGGCCGUGAUAGGCAGUGAUGAGGAGUAUGGGCAACGAGGUGUGCAGCAGUUCUCCAAAAUAGCAGAGAAUAUGUCCAUCUGUGUGGCCUAUCAGGGCCUGAUUCCAGUAUAUGAUGACCCCGAAUCGGCUGUCGACACCAUUAUCAGCAAUAUCAAAGCAGCGGACGUCAAAGUGGUCAUGGUGUUUUCCCUCGCAGAGCCGGCUGUGUUCUUUUUUAGCCAGGUCAUCAAAAAUAAUUUAACAGGCGUGUGGCUUGCCAGCUCCAGCUGGGCCAUCAGCAAUCGAAUUGCCUCUCUCCCAGACAUCCAAAAAAUUGGCACAGUCAUUGGAUUCAUCAACAAGUUGGAUACUUUGGAUUUACUAACGCCCUACGCACAAGAGCUCUUCACUAAACUGAGUGAGGAGAGGGCAAAUAUGCCCCCUCAAGAACAAAAACCGGGCAACCCCUGCCCACAGUGUUGGAACUUGUCACCAGCAAAUAUCAGCUUGGUGACUGACAGCGCUGUGCAGAGAGUCGCGUUUUCCGUGUAUGCUGCCGUCUACAGCGCUGCGCAGGCUCUGCAUAACAUGCUGGAGUGCACUUCGAUGGCUUGUAAUUGGAAAUCCAACAAUAAAAUCUAUCCCUGGAAGCUGUUGGAGGUUUUAAGAACCACUUCUGUGAACAUAAAAGGCACGCAAAUAGAGUUCAGUGAAAACGGAAAUCCAAACAUAGGGUACAGUGUGAUCCAGUGGAUCUGGAGCGCUUCAGGUGCUGAGUUCAAUGUUGUUGGAAGUUAUUAUCAAAACCAUCUGUCCAUCAAUGAGUCCAGAUUGAAGUGGCACACGAAUGACUCAGGGGUUCCCACGUCGACGUGCUCAGCAGCAUGUCAGGCUGGUCAGGUACGCAGAGUCAAAGGGUUUCAUUCCUGCUGUUAUGACUGUAUCGACUGUCUGGAGGGCACCUACCAGAAAAAUGAGGAUGACAUCCAGUGCACAGAGUGUCCUGAACAUCAGUGGUCCUCCAAGUGCAGCACUAACUGCACUGACCCCAUUUUUGAGGUUUUAGCAUGGAACACUCCUGAGGCUCUGCAGAUUCUGCUGGCAGGGAUCGUCCUACUGACAUGCCAGGUGUCAGUCUGCAUCCUGUUCCUAAAGCAUCGUGGGACCCCACUGCUGAAGGCCUCGGGGGGAGGCCAGAGUUUUGUGGCUCUGCUCAGCCUGAUGGGGGCUUGCUUGAGUCUGUCCCUUUUCCUGGGGCAGCCCAACAACAUUGUGUGUCGUCUUCAGCUGCCGCUGAUCACCAUCUUCCAAACUGUUGCCGUCUCCAUUAUUCUGUCCAUCUCCCUGCAGAUAUUUCUGGUGACAGAGUUCCCAAAGGAGGUUGCCCGUCACCUGCAAACAUUAAGAGGUCCUGGAAGCUGGCUGUUUGUGCUGCUCUGCUGCUCUGUGCAGGCAGGCCUCUGUGGCUGGUUUGUUCUGGAAGAAGACUCUCUGUCUAAAUAUGUGGCCAACAUGAACAUAAACUUUGAGAGGGCUUUUCUGGCAUGUCCAGUGUCCUCACAGAAAAUUGCUGUGAUGCAGGGCUUAAACGGUGCCAUGGCCCUUGUGUCGUUUAUGUCCACCUUCAUGGCGGUGAAGCCUCUUCAUCAGUACAACCUUGCGAGGGACAUCACCUUUUCCACACUGAUCUACUGUGUGAUUUGGGUGAUCUUUAUUCCAGUCUAUACAGGCUUGAAAACCUCUAGCUCCACUGGGUCAAAAAAUAUGUCCAUUGUACAUGUUUUCUUUACUUUGGCAGGUAACUUGGGGUUGGUGGUUGCCUACUAUUUCCCAAAAUGCUACUUGCUGCUGAGAAAACCUGAAGUCAACAAACCAGAGCACUUCUGCACCUUCUUAGAGGGCGUCCCACCAACACCACAGGAGGAUCCACAGACGAAGCCAGAAAAAUAA